AUGAGCUUGUGCGUCGCUGUCAGCUGCCUCCCCAUCCUGCCGUUUACAUAUCUGUUCCUGUGCGGGCCAGCGGCUCCUGAUGAUCAUGUCGUCUCUCCUCCGUUAGCCCCUGGUCUCCAGUGGCAGUGCCACUUCCUUGAUAAGCAGCGAUGGCUGGAUAACACCAGGAAGGAGUCUGGUUACUCGACGCACCUGACAAUACUUAUGAGAAAUCCUUCACCUUCAUUUCACAGGAUGAUGGGUUCUGUUACCACUGGUGCUGAGCGUGACGAGAUCGAGCAACGCGAUUUGCACUCGUACUCCCUGCCUUGUCUCACAGUCAUGCUGGAUUUCGAGUAUCCCGAAUCUGUUAUAGGCGGAUUUCGAUUUCGGACCAUCCUUUGGCUCACUGCCUUCACCUGGUAA